GGCACCCCUCACAUGGCUUUGGAGGCGUUCGUGGACACCUGAACACUUUUUGACUCGCGCGGCGGAAGGCUAAAGUUUAAAAAAAAAAAAUAUAUAUAUUUUUUUUUAUAAAUAAAUGGAUUAAAACCACCUCUAGUGGCUGUUUGGAUGUGCUGUCCCGCUUCGAGACAUGGACGUUUUUCGCCGUACUCCCGAGAGAGAACUGUCUGACUUCGACCUCAUCCAGGAGAUCAUUACAGAGGACCACACAGGCGUGUCCCUCCCCAGGCCACCGCCUCCGCCUGCUGAGCUCCGGGGCCAGAAUCACAGGAUGCACCAGCUUUGCUCCUCCACCUCCUCCUGCUCAUCACCAUCUCAGCCUGUGCUGGUGGCGAGAGGCACCGCGUGUCAGUCAAGCUGCACCUUCAACCCGCCUCUGCAGCAGCUCUGCUCCCCCCGGGAAAUGGCUCAACACCCGCUCAUCCAUCCUCAAGCCGGCUCCUCCCGCUGUGGUCGAGGCCCCCCGUGCCCGCUGGCCGCCAAGCCCCCCAGUACCACCUCCUUCUCCUCUAAGGGCCGGUCCGGGGUAGAGAUGCUGGACCGUAAUCUGGAGAAGCCCAAGCUGGCGGUGGUGGAGCAGCCCAAAGAGCGAGGCAUGAGGUUUCGCUAUGAGUGCGAGGGCCGCUCGGCCGGCAGCAUCCUGGGCGAGUCAGGGAGCGAAAGCAACAAGACUCAGCCUGCUGUUGAGAUUCACGGUUCCAUCGAGCGCUUGAAGAAGGUCACCGUCACCGUUUCCCUUGUGACCAAAGACCCCCCACACCGGCCGCACCCCCACUGCCUGGUGGGAAAAGACUGCCCGAACGGAUCGGGUAUCUGCGUGGUGACGCUGAACCCUCACAGCAACCGACGCCACAGCUUUGCCAACCUGGGCAUCCAGUGUGUUCGGAGGAAAGAACUUGACGUUUCACUGCAGAAGAGAAGGAGCCAGAAUAUUGACCCCUUUCAAACUGGUCACUCGAAGGGCAUCGAGGACAUGGACAUGAACGCCGUGCGUCUGUGUUUCCAGUGUGAGCUCGAGUGGGACGACGGCACGACGGACAGUCUCAGUCCUGUGGUGUCCAACCCUAUCUAUGACAAGAAGGCGACCACGACAUCCCAGUUAAAAAUCAGCCAGCUGAACCAGUACACAGGAGCCUGCACUGGCAAGACGGAGAUCUACAUGUUGUGUGACAAAGUGCAGAAAGAUGACAUCGAGAUCAUCUUCCGGCACGGCUCGUGGAAGGCAAACGGCGAGUUCGCCCAGACGGACGUCCACCGGCAGAUCGCCAUCGUGUUCAAAACCCCACCGUACCAGGACCAGGACAUCGCAGAAGAAGUGGACGUCAGUGUCACCCUGCGCCGGCUCUCCGACCAGAUGGAGAGCGAGCCGGUCACCUUUACGUACCUGCCGUAUAAUCCAGAUCCGUAUGAGGUGAAGCGGAAACGAAAGAUGAAGUCAGACAUGAACUUCCAAGAGAAAGCCAACGUGACAGCCGAGCGUGCGACAUCACCGGAACAGUCCUUCCGCUUCCGUCACGCCAUGAUGUCGCCGUGCUCGGCCCAGCCGGGGCCCGCCCCUUUGGGGGAGAUGUGCUAUGCCGAGCCGCUGGAGGCAAACAUGGACAGUGAGGAUAUGGCCCUCAUCAGCCAGCUGCUGGAGCUGCCCGGCGUGAUGGACAUGUUCUCGGACCCCGCCGUCGUCUCGGCCAUGCCCGACGCCGGCCAGGCGCCCUUCGCCAACACGGACGCCAACCCCGACCAGAACUUCGGUCUGUACACGCAGGACUUCUCCCACUACGCCGACUUGCAGUUCAACAUGCUGGUCAACGAGAACCGGAACAUGCAGACUGAGCCGAAGGCCAGCCUGUCCAACGCGGUCCACGUGAAGAUCGAAGAUGACCUAUGAGGGCACGAAACCCCGGCAAAUAGUCUGGACCACAGUCAUCUGUUAAACACCAACGCCACACUUUCCAUUCCGUGUCAGGUAACAAUAAACAAUGAUGUCUUGAGGGACGAGUGACCCGACAUACGAGAUUUUCAAGAUAUGAGCCGUCAUCCGGUCGAUUUUGUGCUUUGACUUGUGAGCGCGCACUUGAGAUACUAGCGCGUAUGGUGGCAGUUAACUCAACUGAACUCACUUCUCAACAAGCAGCAGUUCGGCAGAUAGAAAACAAUUCUUCUGUUUAUUGCCACUGCCAAACUAAGCAUCAAACAAUAAGAAUUACACAUAGUGCCUCUAAAACAAUAUUGCUCUCCCUUUGGAGAGUCAGCUUAGUUUAAUGCUAACAAUGCAGAACACCAUUGGCGUGGUAAUGGUCAGCAUCGACAGUCGCGGUUUUAGAAGCAAAUUCAAUUUGAACACAAAUGGUGGAGCAACACAUUUAGACAGAUAUAACAAUACUCAGAGCCAUAAUAUUCUUUAUCCUCCACUAUGAAAAAUGACCAAUAUUACAGCAUAUUACUGAUUCACUUACAGUAGUAGUAGUAGAAGUCUGUUCUUUGUUUGUGUCUGUAUUACAUUGCCUCCCGGUGUCCAAGGCGGCUACACCAGGAGGAACAGCACAAUGAGUUGGAUUGCAGCAUAAAAUCAUGAUGCACAAAUUGUUUAAUUCUUUGCAUUCUAUUUAAUUAUUACUGUAUCUUUUUAAAAAUUACAAUAUUAUAAAGCGCUAUUUUUCCUCAUUGAGAAACAAACAUAUUUUUGGGGUGGAGGCUGGCACGGGUUAAUGGCAUUUCUACAGUAUUCGUUUCAGUGGGAAAAGGUGACUUGAGAUAAGAGUGUGUGGCGUUACGAGUGUGCUCACAGAAUAAAUUAAACUCAUAUCUCAAGGCACCACUGUAUAACAUUAAGUAAAUGAAUUAGUAAUCGGUUAGUAAAGAGUUGUUUAUGCUAGGUCACGCAUACAUUUUAAAAUUAAAAGCCUCAUUCCAACAUUGAGCCAAAUCCAAAUUUUUGAAAAGGCAUCCCCCGCACCCCCCGCGCCUACAAUCUUUUCUAAUUAGUUUACGGAUGUUAAUGUUAAAUGUAUUAAGCGACAGAGCAAUGUUAGGGAUUAUGUCACAACACAGAAUGAACAAGCAGAAAAAAAAUUUUACUUAAUAUUUUCCUGGAGAAUGCAUUUGGGAUUAACCUUUGAAGUUAGUAAUAGUGAAAAAUGAAGUGAAACAGACAAUGAUUUUAGUCAAUUCUUUUCCAGAAUGAGAGUGCUUAAAGAGGUGGAUGCUAUUCGUGUGGCACAGAUUGAAGCAGGCAUCAGGUGCAGGUGGAGAUGGUCCUGACUCAAGUUGGAGGCCAAAACAAAAAAAGCAAAGAAAUGAGGCAAAUUUCAUUUUAAUCUUAAAUUUGUACAUCAACAUGUAGAAAAUGUUUUGAUUUUGCCUUAUUGUACUCUUCAGAGUCUUUCAGAUUUCUUAAUUUAUGUUCAAAUCAAAAAGAUUAUCUGCGGGGGCCCGAGGGAUCCCCCCCAAACCCCCCUUGUGAUGUUUUUUUUUUUGUCACCUUUUUCAUGCCUUUGGUGUUUGCAUGUCUGAUUGUUGUGUCCGUCACUCUUUUCGUUCUCAUCCACGUUGCUCGUGUCCCUUCUGGAAUUGGAUGCACUUUUCACAAAUGACCAGCCAGAGUAACCACAGCCUCUCGGCCAGGCGGCUUAAUGGCUCUCGCCCUUUUUUGCAUUCCAAAAUAAUGACACCAUACGUGGUGAGGGCAUGCCAAUAAGUUGGAGCAUUAAUAGUUGAGUUUUCCACACAAACGCUGGCUAGUGCGUCCUGACUAAGCCUUGUUGCAUGAACUGAUGAUGCCUGCUCGGAUGAGAGGCGAAACGUCUUCUAAGGCAAACGGAACAGUGCAGUUGCGAUCGAUUCAACUAUACCGGAUUGGAGUCAAAAGUCACUGGUACCGUCAGAUUGGUGAUUGUUAUGUAACAGCGCUGUGGCGUCGCUGACCUUAUUUAAGGUUUCAUUACCCCUAAAAACUACUCAGGAUAUGUUCUCCUAACAUUCUGCACCAUUAAUGCAUUAGUUUAGUUUUCAGCUUAAACUACUUUAUAAUGAAUCCAGCUAAUUGUUACAUUCACACUUUUUUUUUUUUUUAAGUAACAAUCUAGAACAUAAAGUAGUAAUCAAAUGAAGGGCACUUGUUUAAAGUCGUCUAAGAUUCCAAGCCUCAUUCCCAGACCCUGGUUCGUGUAGCUGACCUGCUUAUUGAUCUAAGAAAGAGUCUGUACCAUAGUCACACCAGAAACCAGGUACCCUUCACAUUUUCCAAUUUUUAUGAAGUAAUAAUAUAGAAAAGGACUUAUUUACAUGAAGCCAAACUAGCAUUUUCUCCAGAAUAAAGCGCUUUCCCCGGAUCCUGGUCUGAUCCAGGAAAUAGCCUGUACCGCAGUCACACCACAGUCAGCUUCAUUCACACUUUCCAUUUCGUAUCAGGUAACAAUUUACUGCAAAACAUGUUACAUUAAGUAGUAUUCAGUUAGUGAGGACUUUUUUUAUGCUCGGCCAUGCGUUCAGUUUUCCCUAAAUAAAAGCCUCGGUCCCAAAUCCCAUCACUGAAAAUGCAUUUUCCUCAGCAUUUUGCACCAUUUAAAGCAUUUAUUUCCUAUCUUAAGAUGCCUUCUACUGAAUCCAGGAACGAGACAACAAUCAGCUAAUUGUUACAUUCACAUUUCUCAUUUUGUAUGAAGUAACAAUAUAGAACAAUAUCAAAUAGUACUCAAAGGAAGGGGACUUGUUUUUGUAAUAAAGUCUAAUUCUGCGAUUUAGCCAAAUCUAAAUGAAAAGUCCUUCCACCCCCCCCCCCCCCCAAAAGUUGAUUCUAUAGCGUAUGAUGCAUUGAUUUAGUACAUAUAACUUAAACCGCCCGCUAAUUCAUCCUGAAGGCCUUGCUGGUCAUGGCUUUAAUGAAACGGAGUUGGUCAGCAUUGCCAAAUAUUUGUGUGUGUAUCAUGUAUAGUGCUCAUUUUAUUGAUGUUUGUUGAGUCCAUAAAUUUGUCAUAUGCCCAAUUUGUACUUCAGCCUGAAAGAUUCGCAACUGUGGUGUCAUCAUUAUUGAUUAAUGGGAGAUUUUGAAUUCCACUCUUGAAAUGAACUGUAGUGUUAGUGCACAAAAGCAAACGUGUCAAACAUUCCAAUGUAAACACCGUGACGAUGGGAACAAUAAAACUUGCCAAAAUAUGU